AUGAAGGCUUAUUUGAAGGAUCUCAACUUGUGGGAUAUCGUUGAGAGAGGAGAACCUUUUGUCCAACCAUUGAGAGACAACCCAACUCUCAAUGAUAUCAAAAAGUAUGAUGAGUUGGUAACUAGAUCUCCAAGAUCUCUCACUUGCAUACAUUCAAGCCUUAUGGAAGUGAUGUUUACAAGGAUUAUGGCUUGUGACAUAACUAAAGAAGCCUGGGAUAAGCUAAAUGAGGAGUUUGAAGGCAGCAACAGAGUUAAGUCUAUUAAGGUCUUAGCUUUAAAGUGGGAGUUUGAUCUCUUAAAUAUGAAGGAUUUGGAUAGUGUGAAAGAAUACUCUGCCAAGCUGAUGGAUAUUGUGAACAAAAUAAGGAUACUUGCUGAGAUGAUCUCUAAGUUGCAAAUCCAAGAUCAACAAGUAACUACGAGAAGUGAAGGGAUAGUCGAAGAUGCCUUUCAAGUAAGGCAUAAAUUCAAGAAACAAAAUGAAGGCAAAAAGGUCUCUUUAGACCACUCUGGAGAGGUAAAAUUUGGUGGAUACCAAAGUGAAUCGUCGAGGAAAGGAAAAUUUCCACCUUGUGGUAUUUGUAAGAAGACAAACCACUUGGAUAAGAAUUGUUGGCAGAAGUCCAAGAGAUCUUCUAUUCAAUGCAGAUACUGCAAGAAGUAUGGGCACAUUGAGAAUUAUUACAGACAAAAGCAAACUGGUCAGUCUUACCAACAAGUAAAUUUUGCGGAAGAUCACCAAGUUGAAAAAAUAGAGAAGGAGGUAUUCAUGGCUUCGCACACAUCACCUGUUGAUCGAUAUAAUUAG